ACGCCUUCCUACGUGUACUUAUUGACACCUGCUGCUUUUUGGCUCACUACUGUCCCUAGGGGCUAGCUGGGCCAGCGCGCAUCACUCCGUUGCAUCGCGCAAGUCGCUCAUGGCUUUUUAAUGCUAAACCAGUAGCGAUGGCGGCAACUAUUAGCAACAACAAUGCACUCUUUAGGGCGCGAACACAUUUUUCUGUAGAGUUGCAUCCCAGCACAGUCGUCGACGUACAUGAGGGCGUGAAGGAGCAGCUAAACUCGCAUCUCCUAAGAUUCGUUGACGACUUUAAUGGCGUAUUACUAUCAUACUCAAAUGUCGAAGUCCUUACAAAGAAGCCUGUCAUCCAUCCUUAUUUCCCUUACUUCCACCUCGACGUGCGCGCCGACGUGCUGGUCUUCAAACCCGCCCGGGGCAUGACGCUGGUUGGCCGUGUGAACCACCUGGGCGAGGACUACAUCGGCGCGCUGGUGCUGGGGGUGUUCAAUGUGACCAUCCCCGCGCGCUGCGUCAUGGAGGAACUCACAUUCCAGUGGGAGGAGAACAAGUGGCAGCACUCGCAGCAGCCGGAGCACCAGAUCGGCGAGCACAGCUACAUCGUGUUCACGGUGGAGGAUGUUCGCGACCAUGGGGGCUAUUUCCAGAUCAGCGGCGCCAUGCGGGACAGCCACACCGGCGCAGCGGACUUCCUGCACCCGGGGGUGAAGCUGCCGGAGGCGCCCGCGCUGGACCUGCUGGGUGGAGAUGCUGGACUGGAGGGACUCGACGCCGACAUGGGGGCUGCCACCCCUGCAACAGCCGCUGCGAAUGGAAAGGCCUUCAGGAAAAGGGGGAAACGGAACAAAGACAUGCGGAAGAACCAGCAGCAGGGCGGAAAGGCCACGGAUAAAAAGGAGGAGGGCAACAAGGCCACGGAUAAGAAAGAGGAGGGCAAGGAGAAGGAG